AUGGGUGGUUGUUGCAUCUCGACGCCUCUCGUGAACGAUCAACCUCCUCCGCAACAGCCACAGACUCAGCAUGUCGAACCCAAGAACGAUGAAGUCAAGAACGAAGAAGUCAUCAAGAACGACGGAUUCGUCAACUGGCCUUUCACAGAGUUCUUCCUCUCCGAUCUCACAACGGCGACCAAGAACUUCAGUUCCGACGAGAUCAUAUCAGAGAACGCUGAAGACUCUUCCAAUGUCGUCUUCAAAGCUCUUUUAUCAGAGAAUUUUGGCUUCGUCGCAGUCAAAAGAUUCAAGAUUAAGCCUUGGGAUCAUCCUGACUACUUCGCGGACGAUGCAAAAGAAGUUGGGGAGCUAAAGCACAAGAGACUCGUCAAGUUGUUAGGAUAUUGCAGCGAUGAAAAUGAAGGGUUUCUUGUUUCAGAGUUCAUGCCUAACGAUACUCUUGCCAAGCGUUUGUUCCAUCAGAAAGACAUGGAUUGGUCAAUGAGGUUGCGAGUGGCGUAUCAUAUAGCUGAAGCAUUGGAUUAUUGCAAUAACGCUGGUUUUGCAUCAUACAGUAAUCUAAGUGCUUACACAGUUCUGUUUGAUAAGGAUGGUGAUGCGUGUCUAUCCAGUUUUGGCUUGGUGAAGGAGGUCGUCGAUUGUGAUCGAAGAACGAAAAGAAACGUGACCACUGAGAGUGUGACAUACAGAUUUGGUACCAUCCUUGUGAAUCUGCUUACUGGAAUCCAAAUUCUUCCAAGCCAAGCUCCUGAGAUGAUCAACGGAAAGGAUGUUACUGAUCUGAUGGAUCCAAAUCUGAAUGGAAAUUUCUCAAAAGAAGAAGCUGCCACAGUUUUAGCACUCGCCACUGAAUGUUUGCAAUGCGAGUACAGAAAGAGCCUUAUCACAAUAGAGCUUGUUGCAACACUUAAAGACUUGCAUACUAAAACACAAAUUCCAUCUCUUGAAACGCCUGAAAUAACAAAGCAGCAAGAUGAGGCAUCAUCUUCGAGUCAACAGCAACAACUUGGACACUGUGGUACUAGCCAAGCUCAACAUGAGCACUGA